AUGGAAGAAGCUCAGGGUCCGACGGAAUUUCUUGUUAAGAGAAAUAAGGCGGUGUCUAUUGAAGACUCAGAUAACAACCAUGAAGACUCAGAUGAUGACUCAGUAGUGGGGGUUGGAAUAGGAGAUGUUAACACGAGUCUUGAGGUUAUCAAUGAAGAAUAUGAAGCAUUUUUCGAGAAUGAGGAGGUGGUGGAAAUUCAUCAUGAUAUCGUACAUGAUGAUGUGAUAGAUGAAGGGAGAAAGGAGGAAACGACGCUGAUGGUCUUCGGGAAGGAGAAUAACUUUCCGGUUUGUUCAUAUCCACAGUCUAUUCAACCCUCUGCAGAGAAAAGUUGUUGUUUGGAAGGUGGUGACUUGGUGAAAGUCAAUUCUGACACCGGUCCUAGGGCUAUGGUCUAUAGCAUCAUUGAGGAGCAGGUUUCGUGUGUUAAUCUUAUGGUGAUUUCGAGGAAGUCUAAGCGGUGUUUAGAGAAAGGAAAUUUGUCUUGUUCUGAAGGGGACUUUUUGGGUGGACAUGCGAAGGUUGUUUCUAGAGGCCCAAUAACUUUUGAUGAGGCCUGUUUGAAACUGAAAAAUCAGAAGCCCAAAAAGAAGAAAGUAAGAUUUCUUAAGGAUAUUCACCAUCAGGAAGUGGCUCAAUCCACAUACUUUGCAAUUAUUCAACCCAUAAAAGGUAAAAGUGCGGAUCAGUCCCAGUGGUAUGAAAAAGCUAGCAGAAAGUGCAUGGCGGUGAAGGUUGGCGAGGAUUUGUCGAUGGCUUUCAACUCUCUUAGAACCAACUGCGACAAGCCAUCGUCUUCAAGCGAUGAUCUAUUCUCAGAAGGUGCGGUCUUGUGUUGCGAUUCAACAACGUUGUCCGAUGUUAAUCAAGGCAAUAACAAAUUUUGGGAAAACAUGGAGUCUGAGGUGGGAAGGAUUGUGUGGGAAACCAUUUCCAGAUUAGGGAUUACAAUUGAUAUUGAUAAAGUGGAAGCGAUCGAAGCAAUCAAAUUAAUGGAAAAUAGAGACAAAGAGGGCAUGAAUAGAAAGGAGGCGAAAAAACACAAUUCAUCAUGA